AUGGCCGGUGAUGAUUCCGACCCGGAUCAGGCGUUCGAAAUCGUAGAGCGCGACGCGGUGCCUGCGCCUCCACCCAGCCACGGCGACUCGAUCGAGCAGCGACUCCAUGCCCUGCAGAAAUGGCUCCAGCCAACCGACUUUCUCUCUCCAGGCAGCGAGUUCAUGAAGCAUCUGCACUCGCACGUGCCUGGAACUGGCGGAUGGAUCCACAGGUCGCCCGUCUUUCGCGCUUGGGCCAGCUCCGGCUCCAGCUCCGACUCCAGCUCUGGCCAAGACCGUGAUGGCGACGGCGGCUCGUGUCUCCACGUCCGGGGAGUUGCUGGCAGCGGAAAGUCCGUCUUCUCGGCCAGCACCGUGCGCCAGCUGCAAGAGUCUGGCCAUGUCGUCCUCUUCUUCUUCUUUCGCCAGAUCGUCGACAAGAACCACAGCGCCAGCUACCUUGUGCGAGACUUUGCCGCGCAACUGCUUCCUCAUUGCCCUGCCCUGGUAACCGCCUUGACGGCGCUAUCGCAGGACCAUGCCGUCAGCGGCAAUGAAAGCAGCCUGGUAUGGCCCGCUCUCGUUGAGGCUCUUACCAAGGGCAUCGCAAAGAAUGUCUACUGCGUGGUGGACGCCUUGGAUGAGAUGGACGAUGGGGAUUUUGAGGGCAUGGCUGAUCGCCUCGUUGAGCUGGGCACCGCCGCACCUGGUAAAGUCAGGGUUAUGAUGACCAGCAGGCCGCUGCCCAAGAUUGAACAAAAGUUUAGCAGCCCGAGAAUCGUGAAGCUGAAGCUUGACCCUGCCCUACUCUUCCCAGAUGUGGCACGUUAUGUUGACGCCAGGAUGGCCACGCUGGAUCCCCCAUUAAGCGACGACAAAAAUGAGCUCGUAAAGCAGACCAUCUGUGAACGAGCCAACGGGCUCUUUCUCCACGCCAGGCUUGUUGCAGAUAACUUGGCUGAAGGCUUGCGGGAUGGGCACAUCACCGAAGAGACUCUGCCUGGCAGUCUGGACCGCCUUCCACGAACCCUCCAAGACGUGUAUGAGGGCAUGUUACGAGAGCAUUCUCAUCGCAGCGGAGUAACAACGGAGCAACAAGCCAAGGUCCUCAUGUGUGUAACGCACGCGAGCCGGCCGCUACGACUGAUUGAGCUUGGAUCGCUGCUCUCCAACAUGCUACACAUCAGUCUCGGACAAGGAAAAGACUUGGUGCGGCGCAGCUGCGGUAGAUUAUUGGAACUUUUGGAAGACGAGAGCGUGAGCGUCAUCCACCAUUCAUUCACCGAGUUUCUGCAUGAUGCCACCAGAAAGAAGAGCGCCGCCGCUUUCCCUGUUCUUGAUGACACAGCUUCGCACGAGACGCUGAGUGUGCUCUUGCUGGAGUUUCUCAAUGGCUGUCCGCAUUUCGACGCCACUAUCGAUGACCACAGAGAGGUAAACUACGACCAUUACAAUUCGAGAGUCAAAGAGACAAUAAGGAGACGGGAUCUCGUAACUAAUUUGCGAAUCACUCAUCCCCUGGUCUCCUACGCUGCUGAUAAUCUCGCCUUCCACCUCAGGAAGGCAUCGGCGCAGCCGCUCGCUGUUGUUCGAGAAGCCUUGACUCACCAUCUGUGCCCUGGAAAGCCAGCAUUUGAGACGUGGAUGCUGAUGAAUUGGAGAGGGCGGCUAUCUGCCUCUUUUACCGUUUUUCACCUUGCCACCGCUGUGCAAGCCCCCCUCGCCAUGCCACUGGCGGAAUUCGAUGCUUAUGACCAAUACCACAAAGUGUAUUCAGAAGAGGAAGCCGAGAGUCGGAGAAAGACUGCCCUGUCCUUUGCGUUUCGAGGUGAUAAUACUCAAGUAGUGCAGGCAUUCAUGCCCUUCAUUCCGCCGGCCGAAGUAAACAAAUGCUUCCAUCAGGUCGAUAAUGUGGAAAAUAUAGAGGCCAUUCUAAACACGGGCAAGGUCGAUAUCGACUGCUUUCGGGAUGGGGAGACAAGGCUGUUUAGGGCAGCUAAGCGCCACAAGCUGGAUUUGAUCAAGUUACUGCUCAAAUACGGAGCAGAUCCAAAUAAGAGAUGUGCCCGAGAGCGUUUAUGGACCUGUGGCGAAAUUACUCUGCAAGUUGACCACGAAGGAGGACCAACACCUCUUCACGCGUUUUCCACUCCUGACGAGAGGUGCGUUCUCAUGAAGGAAGAAGUGAAGAAGGCGGAAGAAUGUGUUCGAGUUCUUGUAGCGACUGGAGCAAAAGUCAACGCCACAAUGAAAUGGAAUCGUUCUCUCCGUGGCCAGAAUUUGACGCCUCUCCAUCUUGCUGUGCAAAAAACCCAGACUAGCCUUGGCUACUGGGGCAAGUUGGACUAUUCUGAAGAGAUCCUCACCCGCGCCCUCUUGUUGCAAGGAGCCGAGCCCAACGCCGCGACAGACACAGGAGAGACACCUAUGCAUUUCGCUAACCCAGAGAAGCCCCAACUACUAGACGCUCUGGUUGAAUAUGGAGCAGAUCUCAACUCGGUGAACAACAAUGGACGAACACCUCUGCUAGAGAUCAUAAAUAAAAUAAGCCACUCAUUCCGUAUGGGCAGGCUGAAACCAGAUGUCCGGUUUUUCCAAAAAAUCGUUGAUCUCGGAGCUGAUGUACACAUUGCAGACAAAGACGGGGAUAAUGUAUUCCAUCACAUCAUGCAUAGCAUUCAAUUCUUCUCCGAUACUGAAUUUUUGCCUUUUAUUCAGCUGCUGUUAAACUCUCGCGUGGACCUGAAUCAUCGGAACCGGAAAGGCCAUCCGCCUGUGUGGAAAUAUAGGCAAAGCAAUCCUAUGGACCUACAAAGUCGUACGGACAAUGACGAACCUUUGCUUCGAGUUCUUGUCGAAGCUGGAAUGGAUUUGAACGUUCGUGAUGAGGAGAAAGGCGAGAGUAUUCUAAGGGUCAUCAGCGAGAGAUUUAAAGAUGACCUCGAUGUAAUGGAAAUGUUUAUCCGCCUCGGGGCUGAUUCGAAAGCAUCCGCCAGAGAUGACGUAACGCUAUUGCACGAUGCGGCGAAAGAUUUCAAGAAGGGAGCAGAUUGGUUUCGCUAUAUGAUGUCGAUUGGCGCAAAGCCAGAUGUCCUCGGCGGUGGAGGGGACACUCUCAUCCACUCAGUCCUUCGCUCCCCUGGAAAAGAGAGCAGAUUCAUUGCAAUAAUACAACUUCUGGUCGAGGCUGGUGUCUCACCGCUUGCGAAGAAUGGAAAAGGGGAAGCGGCGCUGCAUGUGGUGAAAAAUCACAAAGUCCUGGAAUAUGUGCUUAAAAACCCUUUGUUCAAGGGGCUAAAUCUGAACGAGCAGGACGUGAACGGCUUUGCUCCCAUACACAACGCCGUAGCUCUUGGGGAAAUAGCUGUAGCUUCUCUUCUUCGUGCCGGAGCUGAUCCAACUAUUCUCACGGCGGAUAAUCUAUCCCCGCUACAUAUCGCCUCCCGUGAGGGGGCUGCUUCCAUCGUCAGCCUCCUCCUUUCAGAGUAUCGAUGUCGAGGUGUGCUUGAGAAACACGUCAAUCUUUUAGGCGAGGGUAUGGCACCACUACAUUACGCCUGUCGUUCUGGACGGCCAGAGAGUGUCUGGGAGCUACUCCGCCAUGGCGCAGACCCCUGGUUGUUAGAUGUGGAUGGCCUUAUGCCGCUCCAUUCCCUGGCCGAGUUUGAACCUUUGGAAGAUCUAUGGCGCCGGCGCCGGACCCAUGCGGCGGAUAUCGUUCUCAUGUUGCAGCAAGUCGGAGUUGAUUUGACCGUCGAGGCAGUUGUCGAAGAUGACGACGGGAGGACCAAGACUGUAACUCCUUUGGAUAUGGCGGUAGAGGAGAAGUGCUGGGACAUGGUGCGCGCGCUUCUCACCCGCGGCGUCAAAGCCCGGGACAACCACAUACAGUCGCCAGACUUUAUUUUGGCCACAGAUACACACAAAGCGGCUCAAGAAGCCCGUGCUGUGUCGGCUACAAGCUCCAGUCUGCCGCAUAGUACUUUGUUACGAGGGCGAUGGUCCAUCCUUUAUGAAAAGUAUCGUCCUCUUAGCGAAGACAAGCUGUACUACAUAGCUGAUGGACAGGCCAUAUUGGACAUGCAGGCUAACCACAAGGCUAGAAAGAAGCCCAGACUUGACAAACUAGACCCUUUGAAGUGUGCUCUGCAUGACGGGGAUCACGACAGUGUCAAAGAAUACGCAUUGCUGGGUGGUGAUGUGCUUGCACUGGACCAGUGUGGGGAUAAUACUCUUCUUCAUCUCCUUGUCCGCGGAGGAUACGUCGACCUAUUCGAGUACUUUGCCGAUAAAGUGCACCUUUUUGAAGCCCAAGACUGGGUUCAGACAGACGAGGAAAAUUGCUGUACGCUUCUUGGUGCAGCCUGCAGACGUGACCUCCCAUCUUUACACAUUAUACAGCUGCUCGUUGAUAAGCUCGGUGUUGACGUCAAUGCCGUCUAUAACGAACGAGGAUUCAUUUACAAGUUGCGAGGAGGCACCGCAUUGCACAUCCUGGCGAGCGGUAGUCACUUUUGGCAGAUUGAGGCGCUAGAGUACCUUCUGUCAAAGGGGGCGAAUAUAGAAGCACGGAACAAGUACGGCAUGACACCGUUGCUGGCGGCUCUGCACCAUGAGUGGCCUCAUGGUUACUGGCGAGAGGAGACCAUAAGGAUAUUACUACAAAAUGGGGCUGACGUAAAUGCAAUUGUGUUGGAGACAGAGGGAUCGCGUGCGCACUCGGCGUUGGAGAUGUCGGACAGGGCUGAGAUCACGAGAACCUUGCUCGAGUAUGGAGCGGAUGUUGGGCUUGUCCCAGGGCUCAUAGCCCGGAUGGUGGCGAGAUGGAAUGAUCCAGAGACAAUCAAGCUGCUAUUACAAGCAGGACUAAGUCCAAAUGAGCUGCCAGCACCUGGGACGGGGAAAGAAGACGUACGGUAUGCACUCCACGAGGUAUGCUUGUACGGCGCAUCCCUGCCGUCAACAAUCAAUGACUACCAAUGGGAAGAUGUCGAUUCGCGAAAACAGGCAACGACAGAAUUAUUGCUUUCGUUUGGCGCUGAUCCAAUGGCAAUGUACCAAAAUGGAAGAUGUCUGCUCCACUGUAUCAUCGAGGACCAUGGCCAACUAGACAGCUUCCUCCCUCGACUCUCACAAACGGAUAUCAACCGCCGUGGCCAGCAUGGACGCUCCCUAUUAACCUCGGCUUGCGUUCCGACUAUCCGUAAAGAACCACCAAGAUACGACAGCAACCCACUAUCCCCGAGCAUCGUGCCAAAUUCUGUGCUCGGCCUCUUACGGCACAAAGCCGAUGCCCUUGCUGUCGAUGACGAAGGGCGUACACCGCUGCAUUGGCUCUGCACGCUUCCUGGGAAGUAUGACGAGGAGCAACGACAGGCUUUCAUCACGCUGGUUGAACACGGUCCAGCCGCCGUCAACAUGGCCGACAACCAAGGUCGCAAGCCUCUCCACUUGGCACUGGCGGUGUAUGCGGAUCGCCGCCAGGAAUCUCUAUUCGCAAUCAAACAUCUCAUAUCCGCAGGCGCCGAUGUGAGCGAGCCGGACCCCGUAACGAGUAACUCGACGCUACACCAGCUUGCACCCCGUCUGGUAGGCCAUGCCGAAAGGGCUGCCGAAACCACCAAACUCUUCCGCGAGCUUUCUGCCAGUGGCGAUAUCAACAUCCGAAACGCCAGCGGUGAGACUCCCGUCAUGAGUUUCACAGCUGCUGGCUGGAAAGGCACAGACGAUCCAACGGGAAAGAUUUUGCGUCCGAAAUAUGCAAUUGCCAAUGACGUGAAUCACGCGACGGCGCUGAGCGUCUUUGUUGAUCUAGGCGCCGAUCUGAUGGCCGUGGACGCACGAGGGCGGACGCUGCUUCAUAUAACGGCAAGUCGUGAGAUUCCCGCCGAUAGCUCGGAUUGGGACCAGAAAGAAGAUGUCAAGACGGCGUUUCAGAAGUUGAUGGAGCUGGGCUUGGAUCCGCGGAGGGAGGAUGCUGAGCUGAGGACGGCGAUUGACAUUGCUGUUGCGAGAAAUGUACGUGACAUUAUGCAGUUGUUCAGGGAGAAGGUGGAAAAGAAGCGGUGAUGGGGGCAGUUAGUGGUAGGUAGCUGUAAGCCGGAGGAGAUGAGAUACUUUUUAAUGUUUUAGGUUAGUAGGUAGGCUGGGAACUUGGGUACAAACAACUACCCCCUAAUGAUAUUUUUUUUCGGUUCAGGUUAAGGAUA